AAUGUGUCGAGGUGACUUCCGGCGGCCAAUUUGCCAACCUUUUUGACAUCAAACUUGUGAGGAAACGUGGAUUUCACAGGAGUUUAUCAAUAGAAAACUCUAGGAAAAAUGGUGAACGUUCCCAAACAGAGGCGUACCUUCUGCAAGAAGUGCAAGGUUCAUAAGCUCCACAAGGUGACACAGUAUAAGAAAUCCAAGGAGCGAAGAGCAUCCCAGGGUAGACGGCGCUACGACAGGAAGCAACAAGGCUUUGGCGGUCAAACGAAGCCCAUCUUCCGGAAGAAGGCAAAGACAACCAAGAAAAUUGUCCUGCGUAUGGAAUGUAGCGAAUGCAAGUUCCGGAAACAAACCCCCCUGAAGCGAUGCAAGCACUUUGAAUUGGGUGGCGACAAGAAGCGGAAGGGACAGAUGAUUCAGUUCUAAACUGUGUUGUAAAAAAAUAACACACGGAAACGGAGGGCAAAUAAAAGAAAUUUGUCCAUUUGCAAAAAAA